UGAUCGCUCGGGACACCUAUUCUACUGACGCCGUCUCCUUUAAUUCCAGAAAGAAUUGCGAAACUUUAGGUGUAAUAAUAAUGUGAUGUCCUCUGUUAUACCUAUUUGUGAUGUGGAUGUGAAGUGAUAUCUCAUCCAGGAUGGAGACAGAACGGGGAUUACAUCAGAACCUCAAGGUUCGCUGGGAUCGGUACACAUCCUGCAACCAGGAAUCUCAGUCUCAGAAGAAGUCUCAGUAUCUAGGCGAAUUCUUGGAACUUCUUUACUCUAUGUCUAUGAAUUCUUCUAUUGAUACAGAGGAUCUUUACAACUUCUGCAAUGACGUACACAGCACCUUCAACAUACUCGCCCUUGAAUUCAUGACCUCUGUGAAGGACAUCUCAACCCAGCCACCAGCAACAGCACUGGCGUCAUCAAUGACUGAUUUCCAUAGAACCCUGGACAGCGCCAUCUCUAGUCAGGUUUCACCAGAGCUUCCACAGGCUGACCUGAUGGACUUUCUGAUGCAUGGACGAGGAUGGUUGCUCCUCAAUGCUAUGUCUACAUUAGCCACACAGGCCUUGUCACACCAUGUUGAAUUCAUCCGUCUACUCAUUGCUCUCCUGGAAGAGACAUUGAAGGUGCCCGUAAAGAGUAGACCAAUUCGAGAUGUGGGCACUCUGGUGCCACCGAUGGAGACGUGCUUUCCUGCCAAACUAAACCUGAGACAGGCCAGUCAACUAGACUCACCUACAGUGAUGGCUUCUCACCUUACCCACGAUGUCUACCGCAAGAAGACAGCCUUUCUUAGGACGACCACUUCCUUCCAGGGAGGUGGGAGGGUACAGAGGACAGGCGUUAGCAGUCAACGUAAGAAGAGCAUGCUACCACGGAACCGAGAGGAGCAAGAAAGCACAGAUUCUGAAAAUGAGCCUGGGAGACGGUACAGGGGCAGGCAUAUCUCUGGCAACAUCAGAAAGCACAAAGUGACUGCUAACUACCUGAUGGCUUUCAGGAACUCCAUUCCAAAGUACCAAUGGAAUGGUGGAAACCUAAUCAUUAGGCACAGGAUGAGUGUUGAUGAUGGACUCUCAGGUAUGGAUCUAUCCAGCACUACACCAUUCGACCUGUGCAUAACUCUCUUGUCUCUCUUGGAGAAGCUGUGUUCUAGUGAAGCCAUGAAUGCAGCUCAUAGAAACUCACUUAGUCUCUUCCUUGCACCGCAGCUCACCAACUUGCUUGUGAAGAUUGAUCACAAGUGUUCAGGCCAGGGUAUCAACUUGGACUACAACUGGGGACCAGAACUCCUUGGUGCACUGAAGAGACUUAUCCUGCGCAUUGUCUUGAAGGUUUGCUUGUACAGUCUAACGCAGCAUCAGAAGAUUCAAGAGCUAUCGUCUAGUGGGUUGCUGCAAUCUCUCCUGUCGGAGGCAAAGAGCUCUGCUCAAAAGAUCAUGCAUUCUCUGUCGGAAAGGACUAAAGAGAAAGAAGAUGAUUUUGCGCGAGAUGAGGCAGAUGAGCCUGAAGUGUCAGACUCUGUGUUUGAAGGAUCAGGUGAUGAUCAAGGAAGUUUGCCAGAGAAGGAUUCAUCUGUGCCCGGAUUCAAAGUUGAUUCAGCAGGUAUGACAUACAUUAGCGAAAUUCUGCAAGGUGUGAUUCUACUCCUUUCAUAUGUGAUGUAUAGUUGCCAUGACAACCAAACUGUUUUGACUCAGGGAUUAUCCAUGUUAAAUGAGUUUGAAGAGUAUGGAGGAUAUCAGCUCUUCCUCAUGGUAAUCGAGGCAAUGGAUGGAUUGCUGUCAAGUGGCGAGGAUAAUGGUGAGAAGGUCCGUAACAUCAAGGAGAUCAUCAUCUCUUUGAUAACCUCCAUGUGUAAGCUUACCACUGCUACUAAGAAAGCAAAGCUAGAGUACCUCCAUAAGUUCCAGUGUCUGAAGAGAACACACAGUAAUUGCGAUUACAGUCAUUACAUGCAUCACCAUCACAGCAUGCUGGGAAUGACCUACACUGCGUUUGAAGAAGAUAAGCAGGGUCACCCUGAUGCUGGUCAUGUUGCAAGUGGUGGAUUGGUGGACAGGAAUCCCAUCAGGGCAAACAGGAGCAAGUGUUGCAUCGCUACAGUAGUGGACGUGGUCUUAGAAUUGAUAUCAAAAGUGCAAUGUCGAGUAACCCUUGUGAGGUUACUAGGAAUGUUGGAACAAGGAGGGAUCUGCUGUUGCAUACCUCCACAUGUAAUCCUCAGCAAACUGUUGCAUUCCAUUGAAAACAGAUCCCUAGCAUUAUCAAACUAUCUGCUCAGUGUUGUAGCAAAGUUGAUCCUGGAACAGUUGCGUGGUGGUGAGAAGGCUGAAUCGAUUCCAGUCGACCUUUGCCCAGAAUGUGUCCAGUUAGAUGUGAAACAUAGGAUGACAGGCAGUCAGUUAGACAUUGGAAGCAUCACGGAUAGUAGGACUAGUGAUAGUGCAAUUGGAAGCGAUGGUAGCAUCCAAGAUUGGGAUGUCACCAAGUCUCGGUGGCAGGUCUUGGGAACAUAUGCUAACCUUAUCACGAGUGGGGUUAAUGAAGUCUUGAGUGUCCAGGUGGCUAGGCAUCUGCUGCAUCUUGUCAAGCAUGGAAACUACCAAAUUAAACAAGAAUUGUAUCUUCAUGUCUAUCUGCCAUGCUUUGAAUCAUCUAGACCAAUAGGCCCUGAGGAGUCAGUUGUUCAUACUCCUCGGCUGCCGUACCGUAUCACUUCAUCAACUGUCUUGGAAUAUUGUUUUAGUGCUUUACCCAUUCUCUUAACGUCCAAGUUUGCCCAGGAGCUGUUUCUUAGUCAAGGAGGCUUGAAUCAGCUUCUGCACUUGCUGCAGUUGGACACUACAAGACGUCAUGUCCUUCAGGUGUUUGAGGUCAUCAUCCUUUCUGGUGAUGAAGAGAAAAUGAGACGAGACAGGAGUAACACAGCAGACAGUGUACUUAGUACUGCAUCAUCUCUAACUGCAACAAGCUCUACUUCACAACUCAGAUACAACACAUCUAAUUGCCGGAGAGACCAUGCAAGCACAGUGGUUAGUGUCCUAGAUGCCUUUACAGGCAUUGUCCAAGAAGUUAUCCCUGAGGACCUUCACUCUAAGAGUGAUAGUUCCGAAGGCAGUAGCUAUCAAAAUCAGUCUGGAGGAUUGCAUGAACGCUCUCUUGACCGACUUCUAUCAUCCUAUGAAAUCGUAGAUGAACCAUUUGAAAGUAUGGCACAUCAAAGCAUCGAGUCAGUACUAGGCACUCUCCAUGAAGGGGUAGCAGCCUUUCCUGAUAGGACAAUGUCAGACAGCAACGGUUCAGAUUCCUCUCAACACAACACAAUGACACCACCGAAGCUCUUCAUGCCAAAGGACAGUAUUAGUGUUCUCCCAGAUGCAAGACUUGCCAUGGCCAGUGAUGUCUGGAGGACUUGUGCUAAUCUAAUCGUGUACAGUCAAGGUUUCUCAGAACACUUCAUGCAAAGCUCUGUAGCCAGUCAGAUCUACAAGAUCUUGAAUGAGUCAUUCCUUGCGUUAGCUCAGAUCACCAAGGAAUGUGAAGUGUUGGAAAUCAGCCUAGAGUCUCUGCAGGACACCACCAGGAACUAUACCGAUGAUGAAAUCAACAAGAGGGAUCGGUUUCAUAUCAUGCUUAGCAUUGUGGGAUCUCUUAUGAGGAUACAACUUAAACUUUCUAAAGAAGUAGCGGCAGGCAAGUUUGAGGGAGAAGGGAUGAGCCUCAUUCUUCGGAGUGUAAAGCAUCACUUGACUGAGUCAGACCUCUUAGGAUCCAACCUAGGUAGAACUGUAGCUGAUACCUUGCUAAAGCUGGCCCAACUAGAACCCCUAGACUCAUCACAGUAUCAGAUCUGUAGCCUCUCAAGGAAUUCACCUAAGGAUGAUAGUGUAGAUGGAUUGAGUUGGAAUCUUGAAGAGCUCCAGGAAGCCUCUGAUGACCAGAGUAGUGAGAUGAGUGAUCUAUGGAGUGCUGAAGGGGGUUAUGAGGCUGACAGCGAGAGAGAUGAUAGAGAUGAUGCUCUGACAAAUAACAAGCCAGACAGAGAAGACUUGAUUUUUGCCCAAUCUCAACAGUCAUUGGUUUAUCCUGAGGUGUGUCAGGUGAUGUUAGAGGUCCUUUCUACCACGGAUGGGUGUGCUAAGAAGAAAGUCCUUUACUUUCUCCUGAAUCAACUCAUCUCCCUUGUGAAGGGCAAUGAGUCAUGUAAGACGAGUCUGAAUCAAUGCGGAAUCCCCACCAUCAUCUUGGAUGGAUACCGCACCAUUCUACAAGAUAACCAUCAAGAUACCAGUGUUGAGAGGGCUUUACUCCUCGAGUUAUUUUCUGAGUUGGUUGAGAGGAGUAUUACGUCAUCUCAGUUAAGAGGAUAUCUUUCCCUAUUCCAAUCACCAUCAUCACCUAUGAGCUGUUUAUUAUCAUCGCUCUUGACCAUCGCCAGUAGUACAGUCACCCAGCCAGCCACCACCAUCACCUUUCCACUCCUUCCCAAUCCCUCCAACACACAAAACACCCCUCUGCCAAUGAAAAUGGAGUCUUCCAGCACUCCAGACAUCAGUGCAUGGACUGUUGCUGCAACUCAGCUACCUCUCAGGAAUAGUGUAACAUGGACUGUUCCACUUAGCAAGGGGGUGGGUGUUGCUAUGUGGUUGAAGGUGGAAGAGAGGAGGAAAGGAGAGUCAGGAGAGAAGAUGAAGAAAAGUAAAACAAGAACAAGAUACCUGCCAAACUCGUCCAGUGCAUCCUCACUCUCCAGCUUGUCAAGGAACCCCCUGCAAACCUCAUCGCCAUCGAGGUCAGGGUUGAAAGGUCGUCAGCUUGACCUACAUCUGGUGACCCUUGGCACCCGUGAUAUCACCUUUGAAGUCUGGCUGGAGACAAAGACUAUGAAGCUGGCUUUCAGAAUUGGUCAAGCAUCAAGUGACCAUCAGAGGACUUUGAUACUAGCAGAGACUACCUGUGGUGGUAUGCUGACCAGUGGUCAAUGGGAACAUCUUGUAGUGACCUACCAUGAAAGGAGAGAUGAAUCUAUGGUGCUUGGCAUGAUCUCUGUGAUAGCGAAUGGUCAUCACAGAAAGGAUGUCAUGGUCGAUUACAACCACUCUUCAGUAAUGGUCAAGACUGCCCAACAACCCAUGUUCUGUCUCAUCGGUCAUUCAUUGACCACUGGUCAGAUACAGGGGCAUGAUGCAAAGCCACAGGGAGCGUGGAGUCUUGGACACAUGCACAUCUUUAACGAUGCCAGUGCACUGCAGAAGGAAGCUGCUGCAUUCCACCUCUUCUCCAUGGGACCAGACCUGUACACCCUCAGCCAGUGUGAGGGCAGCAAACAUAGUCAGUUGUACAGUCGUCAGAUAACCAAAGACAUCAUGAUUGCUGGCAUCAAACCUGAUAUCCUCUUUGGAGACAGGGAAAUCGAUGAGAAAUUCUUGAGGGAGAGCCUCGUGGCGACCUACUCGUCUUCGUCUCCAUCUACCUUCAGUCUCUACCAGUCUGUAUCAUCCGGUACCCUGAGUAAAGUACUUCCAGGAAAGAUCAUUCCUCCUUCCCUGCUUCACUCACCGACCGUCAUGCAGGCGAUACUAGUACAUCAUUCACACCCAACCGUUAGGCAUCACAUGGGACUACACAAGGCAAUCUACCAAGUUGGAGGCAUCAGCGUCUUUGUCUAUCUCUUUGCCAAGGUUGUUGAGACGUCCAAUGAUGGUCACCAACAGGCCAGAGCCCUGCAGCUGCUGAUGCUGCUUCAGAACAGCAGUUAUGAGAUGGCCAGGGAGUUCCGCUCCAUCUCUGGCCCUCUGAUGGUCGCGAAGGUCCUGGCCUCCGAGAGAUGCCACGUUGGUCCGGAAAUGCUCAAGGUGCUAUUUGAUGCCUGCUGUAGCGAGUCCGUGGUCUUCCAGUGCUCCCUCCUGCACCAUUACAAAGUGAACGAGGAAUCAACGGCCAUCCUACAGGACACAGAGUUCUUCACCCAGAUGCUGCUGAACUGGAGGGUAUGGGAUCGGGCCAGGAAAGGAGCCUGGAGGAUACUCCUGGAAGGCAUCUUGGCCUUGAUCAGGCACGACCAUCCGUUCUACUCCUUCAACAUCAAUCAGAUGCAACGGGUCGGGCUGGUCCAGAAGCUCUUCACCAUCUGUAGGGAGAGACACAGUGAGGAUCUGCCUGCUCUCCCUGUAGACACCUACUCAUCAUUGAUUGAGAUUAUCAAAACGAUGGUAGGGAUUCCAGCAGACCCACAUCUAAUGGCUGAGAUCAGUGACUUCCUUCUGGCCGUCCAUCCUGCGGUUAAUACCUUUGUCUGCCAUGCUCCAUCAAGCUUCUUCUUCCUCUUACACAAAGGGAAGUGGUACAAAUCUCGGUCUAGUACACCUUCGGAGGUCUCAUCCCAUGACAUGGAUGAAGUACGUCGUCAUGACUUCAAGCUCAACCUACCCCCAACAUCAAGGGAGGAGAUGCUGAAAAGAAAGAAGUUAGUGAAAUCCCAGUCCCCCAUUGAGCACCCAGAUGAGGGGAAGAUUGAUGAGAGUCGGCAUAUAGUCAAUAACAACCCAUCCGGAGAGGGGGUACAGAUACCAAGAGAUGAAGAGAUUAGUGGUGGAGGGGGAGGUGAUGAAGCAGAUGGUGGAAGGCCAUUAACAAGCAGUCCUCGCAAGAAAAGAACUCCAAGAGACUCAGAUGGGAUGUUAGGAAGGGGAAGUUCUUAUGAUUCUCCUACCGAUACCAGUGAUGAAGUCUCGUCCUCAACGUCUUCGUCGUCAGGGGAGAGUGAGAUCUUAUCGAGCGGAGACGAGCAGAGGAAAAAGGAGGAGGCGAAUGAAGAGGGAAUAAUCUACACUGCUGGGCAUGAUGGCGAUGCAGUUGCCAAUGACAACCGUCAAGAUGCGGAAGAUGAUGCCUUUGCGGGUGGGGACGUCGGAGAAGAUGAUGCUGGGACCAGUGUUGGGAGGAAGGCCCCAGCUGUCAGAGAACGGAGAGCCCAAAGUGCUAAUUUUGGUGGUGUGCAGCUGGCUGCUAUACCAGAGGAUGGAUCGAUAGAGCUCUCACAAGGUGACGAUGACAUGGCCACAUCCCCCCUUGAUGACGACUCACUGUCGGAUCCCAAGAACCAACCCUCUGAGGACAAAACCACCAUGAUCGAAGAUGAUGGUAACUUGGUAGUCUCGAGCUUUGAUAGUCUAGAUGCCAGUCAUCGGGACAUCACAUUGAGUCGUCUCUGCUCGGGAUUGCUUGAUCUGCUGGCAGAAUGUCUCAUUUUCAUCUCAGAGUCCAAGUUGGAUAAGGUCUUGGGGAUCGUAUUGAAGCCAGAGACCCUUAUUGUCAUCGCUCACCAUCACUCGGAAGAGAUACGGACCAGUGUUGUUAAGCUUCUUGAUGUAUACUUCCACCGUGCUAAUGAAGCUCAGCUGUCUAGCUUCCUUCGAAUGCAAGGCUUCCAUCAGCUGGCCAAUCAGCUUCAUCAGUAUCCUGUCACACAAGAACUAGCUGAAGCUUGUCUCACCAUCACCUUCGGCAAACCUGUUCAUCUAGAUCAAGAACUUGACCUAGCCUUGAUUCAAGACCUACCUCGGUUUCGACAGCUGUCCGUGGUUCUUAUCUGUUCUUUGAUGGAGAAUUCUACCCAUGAUGCUCAGCUGUGUCAUAACAUCUUAUGUGCAAUAUUACAUUUGUUUGAGGGUGGUCCCCAGCUGGUACCAGCCUUGCUGGAGAACGGUCUUCUGGAAGCCACCACCAACACGCUGGCAUCACUGUGUACAACCUCAAUGGAGGAUGUUGACUACGAAUGGAGUAGCUGGGCAUUGACUGUUCUCUUAGAUGACGUCAGGCAUAUCUUGGCUUGCAUCGCUAAUAGAGUCUUCAGCUUAUCAGGUGAUCAAUACCUUCAGCACCUGGAAGAUAUGUUAACCCUCCUGGGUGGACUGGAAGAGAUGUUCCAACGGAACUACGGCACAUGCUCCGCUGCAUGCCGUCUGGUUCACGAUGUAGAGUGCCAUGUCAUCAGAGAAGUCCUAGAACACUUUCAGUCUACCUCCAAGGCUAUAGAGUCUAGCCUAACGGCUGGUGCUAGGUCAGGAACACUACAAAGAAGCAUCAGCUACUCAGAGCGACAGUAUGAAGCAUACCGAUGGAAAGAACGGAUGAAAUCUAUUGGAGAUAGUCCGGAAGCAGCUGACAUACGAAGCAGUAGCACAGGUCAACCAUACACUCAUGAUACUUUCUGGGACUACACCAAGAGACCUAGGACUUCAGUACCAAGUAUCCACAGGGAUCACUCCUCUUCCUUCACGGGCCUGCUCCCUUCGUCUGCUGCAGCUCGCCGUUAUUCAAGCAACCUGGAGUCUUUGCUGCGAUCAAGAAGAGUAGAUAGCUUGAAUCGAGGUGGAUCUGGGCGUGGAGGGAACAAAGAUGGUGCUCAGGCUACCGAGCAGGAGAUGGCGAGGAGAUUCCAAAGGCUAUGUCUGCUUGCUGUCAAUCUGGUCGUUAACAGUGAUCUAUCACACCCAUCCUAUCGUCCAGUCAUUAGCCUGACUGAUGACCUCUCAACACAGCUUACCAAGGAUCUCUUUCACUUACUCAUUGAAUCAAUGGGUGCCACCAUGGAGAAGAAGGUUAGCAUCAAGCGACGUCAGUUUGACAGCAUCGUGUGGUCCUCAAGACCGACCCUUCAGCUUCAGCUAGCUCGUCUCUUGGUUCAUAUGAUGUCACCAGCUCAAGACCUGACCCUAAGGAUUUUUACUUUGCAAGUGGCUCAUGUUGACAGGUCCAAGCAGAUCCUCAAGUGUGUUCUACAAACAAGCAUGCAGCAAUAUGCCAGCAAGCUGGAGCUGUACCUCUAUGACCUGCUUCAUAACCAUCACGAUGACCUAUCAGAAACGGAUCAUAUGUUUGGUAUGAUCCUAGUUGAUGUUCUCAAGGAAUGUGGCUUCCAAUCCUUCAAUCCAAAUGAGGAUGAUCCCCAGGCUAUCAAGAGUCUGGAAGAGGACUUAAAGACAACUUGGACGGAUCUUGAUGUUGCUAGGUCAGCGUGGCACAAACAUCGUCUAGAGAAAGCAACCAGAUUGAACCAAAGAAUGAAUGAUAUGGCCAGGGACAUUACUCAUUCUGCUAUGGAAGUCACUCAGGUUGUUGGUAAAUACCAGAAUAAGCAGCGUUUCCAAUUCUUGGAGCACAUCAAACAAGCCAUGUCAUCGGCUUUAGAUGUGAGGACGGCAUGGCAGCAUCUCAUCGAACAGCUUACACAUGAAAGGGCUGUUUGGUAUGACCCAGAGACCUACCCGUUACACUGGCAGCUUGACCCUACAGAAGGACCAGGGAGGGUGAGGAGGAGACUCCAGAGAUGUCAUCUACUCAUCCCUAAGAAGUUCUUUCUCCCAGAGAAACAAACCAAACACAAGGAGACCUGCUCUCGACCGUUGUCCUAUCUCUUUGAUAGCAGCUCACAGUCUCAAAGCUCUUCAGAACUCAAGAGAAGACUGCAGAUGAAUGAAAAGAUCAGUCUUGCAUCGACAUGUGUCAAUGUUACACCUGCUACGGAGACAAGGGGUGAACUGCUGCUAGGCAAUAACAGCAUGUACUUUGUUGGAGAGGAGCCUCUGAGAAAUACCAUUGAUGCUAGUCUCACUAAGGUUUCUAUGGGUGAUACUGACCUGAUGACCAUCUGGUGGACGUACGAUGAGAUCAAAGAACUCCAUCUGAGAUGGUAUCAGUUGAGAGACAAUGCUCUGGAAAUCUUCCUAACCAAUGGCAAGACUCUACUGCUUAGCUUUGACAACACGGAGGAGCGUCAGACCAUCUUCCAAGAGAUCAAGUCCAUGGACCUGCCUAACCUGAUUGAGGUGGACAGUGUCCUGGCCCUCACUCAGGCCUGGCGAAUGGGCCAGAUGACCAACUUUGAGUACCUGACCCAGCUCAACAAGCUUGGAGGUCGCUCCUUCAACGAUCUGAUGCAGUAUCCGGUCUUCCCGUUUGUCCUGAAUAACUACGUUGAUGAGAAGAUUGACUUGACGAAAGAGAAGUAUUUCAGAGACCUCACCAAGCCAGUGGCAGUGCAGAAUAAGGACAGAGAGGAGAGAUACAAGGAAAACUUCAAAGCCCUGCAAGAGGAGUAUGAUAAGAACCAUCGUAUGGGAGAGGAAACCACCUUGGUAAUCGCGCCAUACCACUAUGGUUCUCACUACUCAAACAGCGGCACAGUCUUGCAGUACCUUGUCAGGCUCCCACCAUUCACUCAGAUGUUCCUGCACUACCAAGAUAAUCACUUUGAUCUCCCGGACCGGACGUUUCAUUCUAUCCAGACCUCUUGGUUUCUGUCUUCCUUCCAAUCUACCACGGAUGUUAAAGAACUCAUUCCUGAGUUCUUCUUCCUCCCUGAGUUCCUCUUGAACAAUCAAGGCUAUGACUUUGGCUUUCGUCAGUCCGGUGAGGCAGUACACAAUGUCAUUCUACCCCCAUGGGCCAAGGAGGAUGCUAGACUCUUUGUCCAGAUCAUGAAGCAAGCCCUGGAAUCUACUUACGUCUGUCAGAAGCUCCACAGUUGGGUGGAUCUAGUCUUUGGAUACAAGCAGCAUGGGCAGCAUGCAGUAGAAGCCAUCAAUGUCUUCCAUCCUGCCACCUACUUUGGUCUCGACACCCGCACCAUCAAGGACCACACCAGAAGACGUGCCGUUGAGACCAUGAUCAAGACGUAUGGCCAGACCCCUAAGCAGCUGUUCACCAACCCUCAUCCGCAGCACAAUGAUCCAGACACCGUCAUUGCAGAUUCUGCCAUGAUGGGCACCGUCAACAUGGGCUUCUUGUCAUCCUUUACCUCGAGGUCUAGGACAGCCUCGGUUUCUAAUGAUAAGGGCCUGUUCAGGGAGCCUCUAUCCCAUGUAAAGGGUAUGCGGUGGGGAGACUACCUCGGAUCACCAGCAUCCAGUGAGCCCAUGGUCAAGUGGCAACAAGCAUUCAUGACCACACCCAAUCAGCUUAUUCCUCUACCGACAGGCAAUGUGUGUGGGGUGGCCAAGAACCAGUGUCUACUUGUCAUGUACAGCAAGGAGAAAAGUGUGAGCAGCAUGUACGCAGUGGACAUCAAAUGGUCAGGAUUCUUGACCUGGGGUCAUUCUGAUGGCAUUCUUAGACUCAAACACAAGGCCAAGACCCCUCCCAUUAACUUUCUGCAGUCAAAUACAAAUGAUGAGAUUACCACCUGUAGUUCAGUUUCUGACUGUCGACUGAUGUUUACUGGAAUGGCUUCUGGUAUGAUCAUCGCAUAUAAUAUCAAGUUCAAUCCAUACAAGCAAAGCAGCAUUGAAGUGACCAGGUCAGUUGUUCGUCUUCUCGGACACACGGGACCGGUCACCUGCCUUUAUGUGUGCAGACCAUACAGUAUACUGGUCAGUGCUAGCCAAGAUGGGACAUGUAUCAUCUGGGAUCUCAAUAGGUUGUGUUAUGUGAGAUCAUUGAAAGACGAGACCAAGCGAGGGGGUAGUAUCAUAGCCGUAGCUGUUAGCGAGGUUUCUGGUGACAUAGCAUCUGUCUCCAAUGUCGCGUCUGCUGAUGAUCUGUCUAUGUCUCUGACAGCGGCCGGUGUGAGUGAGCUAACCCUGUGGAGUAUCAAUGCCGAUCUGAUAGGAAGGGUGUUCUGCCACAGUCAGAUGCUGUGCCUCUCCUUCUCCAAUGCCCCCGAGGGCAUCUCCAUCAAUGCCAUAGCUGCAGGGUGCUAUGAUGGUGUCGUCAGAAUGUGGAGUACAUUGGACUUGAGUCCACUCAGGAACAUCUCGGUAGAAAUGCAUCGACCAAUUACAAGCUUGACAUUUAGUCAUGACUCUCACUUCCUGUUCACCUGUGAUGAGGAUGGUCUGGUAAUUGCCUGGGGGAAGAAGGAUACCAACAAGAAAGUGCCAAGGUUUGAAGCCUUCCUCAAUGCCCCCAGGAAUAGCGGAAGCAGCGGUAAUCUUGAAGCAAGUAUAUCUUCACAAAGGUAAAAAGGAAGGUUUCAGCUGUGAUAGAGAUGCUGUGGUGACUGCAUAUGGGAAGUAGGUGCAAGUCUGAAGCCUUCCUCAAUGCCCCAAGGAAUAGGGGAAGCAGCAGUAAUCUGGAAACAAGUAUAUCUUGCCAAAGAUACCCAGAAGGCUUUUCAUGUGACGAAAAUGGUAUAGUGAUUUCCUGGAAGAAGGAUACCAAAUAAGAGGUUCCCAGGAUUGAAUGCUUUGUCAAUGCCUCCAGGAAUAGCAGAAGCAGCAGUAAUCUUGAAGCAAUAUUGUCUUCCCAAAGAUUUACGGAAGGGUUCACAUGUGAUGGGAUGGACUGACAGUUACCUUGAAGGAUACCAAUAAGAGGUUCCCCAUAGUGAAGGCUUCCACGAUGCCUCCAGGAAAAGCGGAAACAGCAGAAAUCUUGAAGCAAGCUUCUCUUCCCAAAGGUAAACAGAAGAAUUCAAACAAGAAGGUGCCCAAGUUUGAAGCUUUCAUGUGUGAUAAGGAUGAUUUGAUGAUUGCCUUGAAGGAUACAAAUGAGAGGUUCCCAAGAGUGAAGCCUUCAUCAAUGCCCCCAGGAAUAGCAUAAGCAGCAGUAAUCUUGAAGCAUGUUUAUCUUCCUAAAGGUAAACAGAGUUCUUCACGUGUGAUGGGGAUGAUUGCCUUGAAGAAAGAUGCCAAUAAGAGGUUCUCAAGAGUGAAGCCUUCCUCAAUGUUCCCAGGAAUAUUGGAAGCAGCGGUAAUCUGGAAUCAGGUUUGUCUUCCCUAAGGUAAACAGAGGUAUUAACAUUUGAUGGGGAUGAUAUGAUGAUUGCCUUGAAGGAUUGAAAGAUACCAAUAAGAGGUUCCCAAGAGUGAAGCCUUCAUCAAUGCCCCCAGGAAUAGCGGAAGCAGCAGUAGUCUUGAAGCAUGUUUCAUCUUCCCCAGGGAGAAAAGCAAAGAUGCUAUAGAUGCCCAGAUUGUGAUGUUACCUCAUGAACACUAACCAGUGGAAGCAGUAGCUUUAUCUUCCCUUGGUUUAAAGGGAAAGUACCUGAGCCCCAUCUCACAAAGAGUUAUGAUUGACCCGAUGAACCUCAUGUAUAUGGAAAUCCAUCAAUGUUAUAAUUUUUUCUUUGGGA